AAGGAGAGUGGGACUCAGAGAAGGGUGCUGAAGCGUUUGCCUUUGGCUGUAGGUGUCGUGCCCGAUUCCAACCACUGUUAAUCUAUGGUUCUUAAAGAACGACCAUUGAUUUGCUAUAAGGAUUUUACACACAACCAGGUCGCUCCCAUGUUCGAGAGGAUCCGGACCCUCAUAAACUAAGGGUUUUGUGGGGCCCCCAAACCCCUGUUAUAGAGGCUUCGACCCCCUUAGGGUGGCUCAACGUCUAGGCAGACGUGACUCGACCUUCCGACGCUCCGACCUGUUCGGGAACCGGUACAAAUAGACCUGGGUCAGACGCCUGUGUGCGAGAAAGGGGGUCCGACGUACUCCAACACACACCCACAUGGCACAGAAAGCCUCGCUAUUCCAACGCUGCUGCCGCCUUACGUCUGACUGCUCAGUAGUGCUGACCGCGCUGUCCUGGGAACCACCUCCGUCGAUGGCCUAAGCUGCUCCGGAUUUGGUCCGCAUGCGGCGGAGCGUGAAACAGGGCGCCGCCGCACUGGCGGCCAUUGCGCUCCUGCCAGAGGCAGCUCAUGCUGCUGUGAGCAAGGAAGCCAUCGCCAGUCUCCAGUGCCAGAUUUGCGAACACGCAGUGGAGGAGGCGAUCAUCUACUCCCGAGAGAAUCAGAUCUCCGGAGAGGAUGAAUUGGCCGAUACGAUCGACGGCCUUUGCUCAGUGAAGAAGAAAGAGGGGCGUUGGGUAGCACAUUUGGAUGUGGUACAGGAGGAUCCCGGAGGCCCCCUGUCGGUGGAGAAGCAGGACCAAUUGGGCUAUUGCAAAGGAGAGUGUACACUCGUGCAAAGGGCCUGUCAAAGCUCCUUGCGAGGCAAGGAAGACACCUUGGUCUCCUUACUGCUGAAGGGAACUGGCCCCAAGAAGAUCAAAGAGAAGGUGUGCAAAAAGAUUUGUGAUAAAAAGAGACCAAAGAUCUCUGACUGGAAGGACGAAGCCUUCGAAGCCCGCGAUCAGAAGGAGGUGGAGACUGAGGACAUGAUUGCCAAGAUGAAAGCCGAAACUGGCAUGGGCAUGAAGAUGUACAGACGAGAGGACCUCAUGGCGAUGUCAGAGGGUGACAUGGAGACCAUGGCCGCAAGAGAGGCCUAUGCCUCCGAGCGAAACGCUGCGCGCAUGUCUGAGAUGGAUUUAUAGCCACCGAACCGCUCGCCCCACCGGGUCGCGACCCGAACGGUGCGAGCGGAGCGUGGGACCGUGCGACCCGUGCGGAGCGUCAGGUUUGGAACGUGGGACCCGACGUGUGUUCCAUGGCCACGGAGCCGGGUGUUUGGGC